AUGGCGUGCUCGCGCACGAUAGGGCGGUGGAAGCGGGUCGUGGUCCCGAGCGAGGCGCGGCAGACGGCGCAGAGGAGGCAACAGCGGCUAGGUGCAGACACGGAGGCGGAGCUGCGCUGGAGAGGAAACGCCGGAGCAGUAGACCUGCGCGAGCCGGGGUUGCGCGCGGACGGCGGCGUCGGCAUGCAACGGCGCUGGCCGGGUGGCAGAGCAGCGCGCACGGGGAUGACCGGCACCAAUGGUGCAGCCAGGCAAGAGCGCUUCACCGACACGGAUGACAGCGAGGCGACCCUGGCGAGGUGCGGCAGCAGCGCGGACCAAGGAACGCGGGCGCGCUCGCUCGUGGGAAUGGGCCAGCAUCGGCGGGGCGCUGCGGCUCGGCUGGUCGUGAGCGGAGUUGGGAUGCCGGUGCGGGACGCGCGGGUGCAAGACGCGGAGGUGGAGCAAGGAGAGAUCGUGAGAUAUGGUGAGCAAGGCGAGCAGUGGCCUGGCUUCCUCAAGGAGCCGGGGUAG